UACUAAAACACUCGCGCUUUACGAGCGGCACCUGAAGGCAUCGCGGGCGUGCAGCUGAUAGCGGGGAGAAAGGAAGCGCCGUCGCAUCACCGCCGCUGCCACGUCUGACGGAUCCUCUGCAGCAGCAGCGACGGGGACUACGGGAGCGAGGACCCGGAAUGAUGGGCCGGCGCCGGGCGCUGUGGGGAUGAGAGGGAGCGCGGUGCGAGUGACCGAGGAACCACAACGGGAGGAGGAAGCGAGGAGACGCACACAGAGCCGCGACCCUCCCGGUUGAAGCGAGCAGCUCCGAGCCGGGGACGAGCGACCCGGAGACGCCGGAGCCCUUUUGUUUCGCACGGAGCGGCUCGUCUCUGCGCUUGCCCCGGGUCCGGGAGGAGAGAGCGGGUGGUCCCCCAUGCUAAACCCCGCCGGGGGAAUGGAGGAAUUCGUGACCGAAGAGGAGGAGCCGUGGUACGACCAGCAGGACCUGGAGCAGGACCUCCACCUGGCGGCAGAGCUGGGAAAGACUCUUCUGGAGAGAAACAAGGAGCUGGAGGAUUCCCUGCAGCAGAUGUACAUCACUAAUGAAGAGCAAGUGCAAGAGAUCGAGUACCUGUCCAAGCAGCUGGAGGUCCUACGGGACAUGAACGAGCAGCAUGCCAAAGUGUACGAGCAGCUGGACGGGACCGCCAGAGAGCUGGAGCGCACCAACCGCACGCUGGUGAUGGAAAGCCGGGGCUCCCAGCUAAAGAUAGAGACGCUAACGGGGACCAUAGAUGCUUUGCAGAACCAGGUGGAGUCUCUCUCGGGGCAGGUGGAGCAGCUUGGCGCCAUGGAGCAGCUCCGAGUCAGGAGGGAGAAGAGGGAACGCCGCAAGACCAUCCACUCCUUCCCCUGUCUGAGGGAGCUCUGCACGGCCCCCAGGUAUGAGGACGAGUUUGUGGUGGGCCGGGCUGAGAGCUUCACUGUGGACGCCAAGCGGCCGCCGUUCGAGGAGGAGAACCAGCACCUGAGGGAGGCGGUGUCGGCGCUCCGCGCGGCCGCCCGCACCGAGAGGGGGCGGCGGGAGGGGGUGGAGAGGGAGUGCAGCCUCCUCCUCGGAGAGUUCUCCCGCCUGCAGACGCGGGUGCAGGAUGCUGAGAGCUGCCAGGCGAGGGUGCGCGAGCUGGAGGUGGAGCUUCAGGAGCUCCAGCAGCUGCGCCGCGCUCGUACUUUCCUGCUGAGCAGCGAGGACGACGGCGCCACUCUCACCCAGACGGUCCUCAACAGCACGCCGGAGACCGACACUUUCCUGGAAGGCGAGGUCGGGGAGGCGGGAGGGGGCGUGAGGGAGGAGACCGAGGGCGGGGCGGGCGGCGUCGGCGUCGGCGGGGAGGCUCUCCCCGAUUCCAGCCCGGUGAGGAAGAGCUGCAGCGACACGGCGCUGAACGCCAUCGUGGCCCGCGACGCCUCCGGCCGCCGGAGGGGCAGCUACGCCCUGCACGCCAACAGCGUGAGGAAGAGGGGGAUGUCCAUCCUCAGGGAGGUGGACGAGCAGUACCACGCCCUGCUGGAGAAGUACGAGGAGCUGCUGGGGAAAUGUCGGCGCCACGAGGAGAGCCUGUGUCACGCCGGGGUCCAGACGUCCAGACCCGUGUCCCGGGACCCCUCCAUGAAGGACUGCGCUGUUGGCCCCACGCCGGCGCCGCCGCCCACCCCCACCCAGUCGCCCUCCACCCCGGAGGCCAUCGAGAGCAUCAGCAAGCAGGUGGAGGCGGUGGACAAGAGGCUGGGACAGAACACUCCGGAGUACAAAGCGCUUUUCAAAGAGAUCUUUUCUCGGAUCCAGAAGACCAAGAUGGACAUCAAAGCUACCAAAGCGGCGAAGGCCGGCAAAUCUGGCAAAUCCGGCAAGUCUAGUAAACAGUAAAAGGUGCACCGGUUAGCUCGGAGGGGACCGCAACGCGCCAUCUCAGUGUUAAGUGUCUUAUAGGGGGCGGUAGCUUGGAACAGCUUAGUUCAGCCGUCCGACUGUAUAAGAGAGUUUGAUUAGCAUGUGAUCGAUUGGAAAAGCUUUGCAGAAUUCAGUCUUAUUUCUAAGAAAUAAAUGAAUUUCGUUAAGCGCUAGAUUGAGUGCAGCCCUCGUAUUACUCUCACUCAGUGUUAACAACUAAAUAUACCGGCUUCCCUGCCUGACCGCAGGCGUCUACCACAAUAAUAAAAUAACAGCAGUUUGCCUCACAAGUGCACGAAAUGUCAAAGCGUCACAAAAUAACACUCCGUGAUAAACGAGUGGAAUUCAAAAUAUUAUACUAACAUGAAUCUGUAUCUCUUCCGUUGUAUUAUAAUGGCCUCCGCUAACACUUAACGCAUAAUUACAGUUAGAAAAACCAAGAUGGAUCCUCUCAGGCUACAGCGCAGUCGGCCUCUACCAGGAGCUUGAGGCGGCGGCGGCGAGUCACAGUACGCGCACGCUGCUUUUAGGUUUACGGAGCCCUUUCGUGUGGACGACGCCGCUGCCUUUGCACCGUUGUCUGUGUGCCUCGACCGCUUCAAUCUAGACUGACGUGUAAUGUAAUCUGGACGCGGUGGAGGAACGGCUUUCUUCCUGGCAGUUUGUUCUGAACAUUGAUGCCACUCUCCGGCGUGUGGGAUGAGACGGCUAGAAGACGACACAUUUGGGCUUCGGUUGUGUAUGCGGCCGACUGUUUCCUACCAAACUGUUUUUACUUUGUUAAGCGAGAUAUAACAUUGGUUUAGUCCUCUUUUGAACAUCGCCAUGCUGUGUGUUCUGCCUUUAGAUAAGCAAGCUGUGUGCUCCUUUAGCAUCUUAUUGAGCAACGCGAUGGUGGACUAGAACCCCUGUCACGCUAAUUACUGUAGUUAGACAAUAUAUUUGUUACAAUAAACGAUAUUAACGUCCUUUUAAGACCAUUUCUAUCCUCAUGGUAUAAUAUAAUGGCAUAAUAUUGUAAGUAUAGCCUUUCAAACGGUGAUGAAUCUUUAAGUAUUUAGCAUAUCUAAAUAUGCUAAAGACCACACGACCAGAACAAUGACAGAAAAUGGGCUCUGUUAACAAAAAAUGUUUGUGCUCUGCCUAAGUCUUAUAAUAGUAUGUGAAAAUCCUAAUAUCAACAAACACACAAGGGUUUAGGAUGUCGCAAAAUAUAUUCGAAACCUGGUCCAUAUGUUGUACAUGAGUCGAUGGCGUAACAAUGCUCAACAUCACGUCCGUAUAUUGUACGAUAGGUCAAUUAUGUAAUUCUCUUGACAGGCCUACUUGUGCUUGCAUUCAAAAUACCUUCACCUUUUAAGUGUUAAUGUCACUUAAGCUCUCCAACUGGACUACAUCGGGGCAACAAUACCAUAGCUUGUCUAGAUACAUGGAGCAUUGUUUAUUGAUAAUCUUAUUGUACCGGUGGUUUCUUUGAACGUGUCACACUGAUGAUCCCACUAAAUGCUAAAACGCUGCUGUCUGGCAAAAGACUUGGAUUGUUAUUUUUUUUUUAGUUUUGGGCCAUUAUGGACACUCGUCAUACAGAAUAUAAAAAUCCCUUAAUCGAGAUGUUCAAUGGUGUUUUUUUUGUGUCAUAUGAGUGAGCAUUCUUAUUAAUUAGGGGGAGGGGGUUUCUGUUUCUGCAACAGACCACUACUACAAAAGAAAGGAUCCAUUGACAUUUGGAUUGGAAAAGAUAAGGACCCUUCUUUCUUCCUUGAGGAAAAUGGUCCAGUAGUGGAAACAAAAAUUCUUAGGCGCUAUUUAAACUAUUUCUAACAGUGUCAAGAAUAUGUUCCCUUUAAUUCUUAAUUUAGCAAAACAGCAACCAGAUUAAGGACUGACAUGCAAACGAAUUUCUCACAAUAGACACUACAUCAGCCUGUUUUUCUGGGGAAGCUCCCCUUCGUGUGUAAACAUUUAGUGUUAUUACAUUUGAAGCCAUAGCUGAGCUUGAACACUGACAAAUGUGUGGAGGAAGAGCAGCGGAUGGAUGGGAGCUCGCUACCUGGUGCUGAACAGCUGUGGCAUACAGGAGUGCAUUCGGGGUCUACGCUUGUUAUUUAGAUAGCGUGAGCAGCGUGCGUUAGCAUAACAAAACCAGGCCGAACCACAGCCGGUAAAAGGCUUGUAAUGUGUAUUUACUGCAAUGUCUCACCUAUUGCACUUGAACAUGUUCGACGCCUCAUCUUUUGUAAAUUCAGUAUAGCUAACAUGAGAUUGUACCCUUGUAUUUAUUUGUGUCUGAAUUUUUCAUUUUUUCAUUUUAUUUUGCUUUUUAUUUUAAUUCUCCGAAUAAAGUUAUUUGACUGGC